AUGGAACAAAUGAAAGCCGUCCGUGUUAUCACCGCGGGUAGUAAAGCCGGCGCAGAAAUCCGCGACGAACCCCUACCAACCCCAGGUCGCCAUGAAGUGCUGAUUAGGGUGCACGCGGCCUCACUGAACUACCGUGACACGGCCCUGCUGAGGGGGGAAUAUCCCGCAGCGACCAAGAAGGGCGUUGUCCCUGUAUCUGACGGUGCUGGCGAGGUUGUUGCAGCUGGCAAAGACGUAACACGAGUCAAGAAAGGCGACCGCGUCACCGUUAGUUGCUUCGCCAACUGGAUCGGCGGCCCAUAUAACCCAGACUAUCGAUUCAACAGCGUCGGCUUCAGUAUCGACGGGAUGUUGGCUGAAUAUGCGCUCUUCUAUGAAGACGCACUCGUCCCAAUCCCGGACUACAUGACCUACACCGAGGCGGCGUCGCUCCCCUGCGCAGCUGUCACAGCCUGGACGGCGCUGAACAAGAUCGAGCCCCUCCAGCCGGGCCAGACGGUUCUGAUCCAGGGCACCGGGGGCGUCUCGCUUUUUGCCCUGCAGUUUGCAAAGAUUUUCGGCGCUCGUGUGCUUGCGAUCACGUCAUCGGACGAAAAGGCCGCUAAGCUCAAGGAAUUAGGCGCCGACGCUGUCGUGAACUAUAGCACCUGUCCUGACUGGGAUCGCGAGAUUCUUGCUCUGACUGAUGGAAAGGGUGUUGAUAGGGUGCUAGAUAUUGCUGGAGAGAAAACUAUCGUGAAGUCUGCGGCGUCGACUAAGAUAACUGGCGUGGUUGUCGUGGUAGGCUUUGCAAGCGGUUUUGGCGGCGGCUUUCCGCCGAUUGACAUACUUGUUCGAACCCUGACAGUAACCGGGUCAACUAUUGGUUCGCGAAUGGAUUUCGAGGCGAUGCUUACAGCGAUGGAGAGGCACAAAACACGGCCUGUUAUUGAUCGGGUUUACCCAUUUGCGGAAUAUCGCGAGGCUUACCGGAGGCUUGAGUCUGGGCAGCAUGUCGGCAAGAUUGUUAUCGAAGUCACCCACUAG